CGCAGAGAGCUGUCAGUUCAGUAAUAGGAUACACGGCAGAGACACACAUAUUAACAUAUCAUUUCGCAACCACUCAGCUUCACGUUCGUAUCGAUUUAGCUGAGAGACAUUUGAAUUCGAGACACCCACCUCCGGAACAAGUGACCCGACCGGGAACCGUCCUGUUACCGAUGGUCCCGCAAUCCGGCGGGUUUUAAGAUCGGGGUUAAGAUCGAUGGAAGUGGCCGGUUUCUACGAGAGGGAUUACCUCGCUUUACACGGCAACAACUGCAGCAGUACCAGCUACAGCAGCACCAACAGCGGCGGCGCCUGCAACCUGUCGAGCAGGGAUUCAAUGACGGAUCUGGGCAUCGCAGAUAACGAGAAGGCGAUCGACUUCAGCAUCUACCUGGAACAGCAAUACCAGCAGCACCCGACACAGCUCGGGACCCCGGGACAGCAGCACUCGGGGGAUGUCUUAGCAGACUUCCUGGCCGAAGAUUAUAAGAAUAAACGCGCCGCCUUACAAAACUACAAUUACCUGUCCCUCAGCAGCGAGCGAGCGCCCGGGAGCAUACUGAGCUUCCCACAGUUGCUGGAGACGCGAGUGGACACAGUAUUCAGCCCGCAGCUGCUGGGCAGCGCCAACAGAGGGGUCAAGCAGGAGCUCAGGGAAGAAGAGGCCAAUAGAAUGGACUCGGGCUCUCCCGGCUACGGUAUGGGCUCGUAUUUGCAAUACCAUUCUGCGCCGAGCGGAAGUACUGGGAAUCUCUCCACCGCCUCCUCAUCUUGCUCCAGCCCGCCGGGCACCCCUGCCCAGUCCGGCUCUGCCGGGUCACCCCAUAACGGCGGCGGGAAGCUUUCCUCCAGCAAGGGGAAGAAGCGUGUGGAGAAGAGCAGCGAAGAGUACAAGCAACGACGGGAGAGGAACAACCUAGCGGUAAGGAAGAGUCGGGAUAAAGCCAAGAUACGCAACCUGGAGACCCAGCACAAGGUACUGGAGCUGGCGGCAGAGAACGACCGGCUGCAGAAGCGAGUGGAGCAGCUGUCCAGAGAGCUCGCCACUUUACGGAACUUGUUGUCAGCCACGGGGCAGUGCUAGCCCCCCUUCGACCUCUGCAAUCACACCGCUGUCUCCCCUCUCACACAGAGGACUUGGAUGCCGACCUGUCUGGUCAGUGCCAGCCUCGUUUGCGAGACAAGGGUGAAGUCAGGGCUGCCGCCCGUCAUUGAGAAAGGGUGUUUUGGGAACAAGACAUGUUUAAAGACAGUGUUGGUAAAACAAAAACCAACAAAAAAGUGCCACUUGUGUAUUUUGUUUAUCUCUUUUUUUUUAAUAUCGACUGUGUUUUAUACGAGCUGUGUGUGUGUUAUUUGUUCUUACUGUUAUUUAAGCAAAUCACAAAGUAUGAUGUUUAUACAUGGCUGUAAGGGGAUUCGGCUGCGCGUGAAUGAUGCAAUGCCGUGUAACACACUUGUUAGCCAUCGAAUGAAGUAAUCUGUUAAAGAUUGAAAAGUAUAUGAUAUAUAGAAAUCUAUGCAAUAUAUACAAUUAAAAUAGACAUGUAUAGAUAGAUUUUCUUACAUGAAAAAAGGGCAGUUUAUUUUGUUUUACAUUUGCAUCAUAAAUUGUGUUUUUUAACUUAAAAAAAUAAUAAAAUCAAUUAUUUUGACAAAGCAA